AAUACCCGCUGACCCUCUCCCUCCACCCCCUUACAUACAUGCACCACCCCGCGAAGUACCCUCUAACAUCAGUGAAAACGAUCCUCGAGCUACCGGUGCCGACUACCCGCUCAACGCCAUGGAAGAGGAACUCGACGAAGCGAUGUCGCACGACCCUAGCGUGGUAUACGAAACCUCGAGCAAAAACAUCAACGCAUCCAAGAACAGCAAACAUGGUAAGGAAGGUAGCAUGAUCCUCAGGUUAUUUAGAGGGACUGUCAAAGGUGGCGUUGAGACAGCCAUCGGCACAGAUAAAGUCACUGCGAAAGUUGGUAGCGACCACACGAAGAACAGGCUGGGUGUUGUACCCAAGCUAAACGCAGAUCUGACGUACGCCUAUUUAAUUCAAGUCUCAGUUUCAUAGGAAGAAAGGUCGUGUGUACAUUACAACCAAAGCCACUAUGCUUUGUAUGGAUUUCUCAACCGACUAAGUGAUUGAGAAAAUGGGUCGUUGGGACGGGAGGACUUAUACUAUAGCUAGAGUAUCUCGGUUGGCGAGAUUGGCGAUAUC